UAUGGUAAACAUAGACAUUAACGAUACUCAGGCCUAUAACUACACGGAUUUGGACGGAAAAUCGAUUUGUCCUCAAAAGUCGCAACUUUUAAAAGAUUUAAAAGCGUCUGUUAAGAAUAAAGUGAAGCAACAUUAUUACCACGAAUUCUAUAUAAACUGGGAAAGGAAUGCUAUCGAUUGCGAAGAGUUUAAACAGCAUUCAGAUUAUCUCGCUAAUUUUAACGCUUUCGUCGUUACUAGAGUUAGAAAGUUGAUAGACAGAUUUACGAAACAUAGGCCUACUUUGCCAAAAAGAAUAUGCAAUCACGAUACAGUAAAAGUUCUUCAAUUAGAAAGCGAUUUUCUAGCCAACGUUACGCAAUAUCGAAAUUUAACUUAUGAGCAAAAGUUUACUGAUGGCAACUUGGGGAAGAGUCUAUCGUCGAAAUUGGAAAAUACGUGUUGGCUUAUAGAGGAGGAAAUAGAUUCCGGCAAAAGCGCUCUACUAGCCAGUAUCUAUUAUGAAUAUUACAAAGAUUCAAUUGUUCUCGGGCAAUUUAUCAACGAACAUUUUAGGCCUAGUCCUGCUGCUUUAAAGAGAAAUUUCGAGUUGCUGUUGGGAUGGAAGUUGAAAGAGAACUAUCGUCUAGAUAUUCAAAGUUUACUGAUAAAAGCGUCGGAAAAGUCAAAGAAUGUUAUCUUGCUGAUCGAUAAUCUGCAUUUAGUCUCUUCUCAAACAGAUAGUAAUCAUGAUUUUGAAUGGAUAUUUCAAAAGUUACCAAGUUCCGUUCAUAUAGUGUGCUCAAUAUCACCGAAUGCCUUAAAUUUGAAUGAAGAACAACUCGGCGAAGAUCUUUUGGGCUUAAUAAUCCAAACUAUAACCGCUUCGGCCGUUGGCAUAACCGAAGUUGAAAUACUCGAUGUCCUAUCGAUAAAUAACGAUGCUGUACUGUUGGCCGUACCUGCGAAUGAAUUAUCAAAUUUACUGAGAUUUCCUUUUUCCGUAUGGCUUUACGCUAGAAAAUACUUGAAACCUCUUUUUUCAACCUAUCACUUUAAGGGAAGAGAAUUAUGGAAAUGGAGGAAUGAGGAUGUUAGAAAGAGCUUAAAAUCAUUAUACUUUAAAACGGCUGAAUCGUUUAAAAAUACUCACAAAUGCUUAGCCGACUACUUUAGCAAUAAAUGGAUUAAUCAUAAACCUUUGGUAGUCCCCGAAAGGUCUAUUCAAAUUAUUGAACCUUACUCUUGUUGCAGAUAUUUAACUCCUCAUCCUUUACUCUAUUCCGAAUAUUUAUACAAUUAUAGACGUAUUACAGAAUUAGGCCAACAUUUUCUGCACAGCGUCGAUAUUGAGACGGUUAAAUGCAACAUAUAUUUUAACCUGGAAAGUCUUAUUUCAUUAAUACAAGCUCUGGGCGUUCAUUUUCUUUUAGAAGAAAUUGACCUUGUAUUGAGACAUUUCUUCGAUACGGAACUCCAUGUACUUAGAGAUACAAUUAUUGCUUGCCAUAAAAUCUUAGAGGAAGAUACUUUGCAAUUACCUGUUGAAAUAAUAGGCCGAUUAAGGAAUAUCGAAUUCGGAAAGGACUUUCCCAACAUCUCAGAUCUUAUGCUUCAGUGCGUUCAGUGGUGUGAUUCGAAUACGAAACCUUUGCUAGUUCCGCUUUCAUCGUGGUUGCCAGAUCCUAGGCAGAAAACUUUAAUUACGUUAAAUAUUCCAUCGACGAAGGCAAUUAUUACUGGAGAAACUCAAUUUCUGACCAUUUCAACUAAAGAGAAUAUUAUAAAAAUGUAUCAUAUAGCCUCUAAACAACUUAUUCGUUCCUCUUUUCCUUUAAAGUCAAGCGUUAUCUUUCUACUCGAUUGUAAAGAUGACAGAAUCGCCGUCUCUACCGCCGACGGAAGCGUUAUAAUAUGGAAUUUAAUUAACGGCAAAUUUGACGGUUUUCUUAAGCAAUCGUCUCCAAUAAGAGCCAACGUAUUGGCUAACGUUGGCGAUAACUUACUAUUGGGUAAUAGUGACGGUUCUAUGGAUAGUUUUAACUUGAAUACUCUUGAAGUUGUUGACAAGUUAAAACAUCAUAGUGACGCCAUAACCGGAUUACGAGUAAGUAAGGAUGGAGAAUAUACAGUUUGCACAUCCAGAGAUAAAACUGUCAAAUGUUUAUCUUCCGAUAACUUGGCCGUAAUCAUGGAAAUAUCCGAUGAGAAUUUAAAUCAGCCUAUUAUUUUGAUGUCCAUAAGUAGCAAUAAUCUCUUUCUAGUACUUUAUUUAGAAGACGGUACAGUACAAAUAAGAUCCUUGGUUACUGGCACUUUUAUACACAACCUUCAGAAUCCUUUACCAAAAUUAACUAGUUUAGCAGUGUGUUCGGAGGGUAUCUUUCUCUCUUGUGCAACGGAAAAUCAUAUGGUUCAUUUAUUUAAUAUAAGAUCGACAGAACUCUUGGAAUCUAAUAAGGUGGAAUCCAGAGUUCAUACAACGUUUCUAUUUCCUAAUGAUUUUGUAUUGAUGAAUGCUGGAGCGGAUUCUAUAGAAUUUUCUACUCUAUUAAAGAGAGAGAAUGCUCAAACGGAAAAAGAUAGGCAUAGGAACGUCGUUAAUUGCGUUACCGUUUCGAGAGACGGUAAAAUGGCAGUUUCCGGGUCUAAAGACACAACUUUAAGAGUUUGGUCAGUUGAUUCAGGAAGUCUAACAGAUAUUUUAGAAGGUCAUUCGGGCCAAGUUACUUGCGUCGCCAUCGCUAACGAAAACGCGUUUAUAGCUUCGGGUUCGGCUGAUAGAACAGUGAAAAUCUGGAGUAUAGUAUUGGCGGAGGUGGUGACCAAUUACGAACAGCAUAAUUCAACUGUUACUUGCGUUAAUGUUUUGGCGGACAAUAUGAGGAUUCUUUCGGCGGAGGAGGAAGGUAAAGCUCUAUUGUGGAAUGCGGAAGAUGGUAGUACGUUGCUAUCAUGUUCCUGCCAUACAAAUCUGCUGGCAGUUUCUCCAAUAUCAAAGCUGGUAUUCGCAGGUGAUGGUGGUUGUACGGCAAAAUUAUGGCUUUUGAAUACUGGAGACGUCGUAGGAACGCUAACCCAUACGGACAAAAUAACAUGCGUUGGAUUUUCACCAGAUAACGAAUACAUAGUUACUGGCUCAAUGGAUAAUAGCUUAAAAAUAUGGUUAGCCUCCAGCGCUAAAUUAACGCAAGUUCUCGUAGAGCAUGAAACCCACGUAACUGCCGUCUCCGUUUGCUCCAAGACAGUUGUAUCGGGCGACAAAGAUGGUCUAGUUCUACUAUGGGAUAUUGAAUUCGGUAACGUGAAACAAAGAAUGAUGGGUCAUACGGCUAGUAUAGAAAGGGUUCUAACAGCGUCCGACUCGUCCAUAAUAUUUACAACUGACUUUGCGGGCGAGAUAAGGGUAUGGAUGUCUAAAACUGCAAAAUUAUUAGCAAGAAUCGAUCUUCAUUACCCAAUUGAAAAUAUAGUAAUUAGUGUGAGUGCGUCUCACCUUGUUGCGAGAAUAACAAAUUCGAUUCAUGUACCGUUGCUUUGUUUACAUAAUUCCCCUGCAAAAGUUCUACCAAGGGCGGCUAUCGAACUUGGCUCGACAAAUAGCCUUCACGUAAAUCCGGAUAUGUUACAGAAUCAAAUUUCAGGUUUAAACCUUUCCAGAGAAGUCUCUACCGAAAUUGAGAAUAACGACGAAAAAUUACCGCUCCCCUUUAAAUGGCAUCAGAAAAGGGAAUUGUCGGAAUUUCCCGUUCCCUCAACGAUUUUGGCCGAGAGGCAGGUAAAAAGUGACAUAUAUUACGACGAAGAAGAGCCUGGUUCUAGUAGCGGUGGCCUAGGAUCAACAACAUCAACCACAAUAGCUCCCUUACAAAAAGUUGUUGCCGCUCAACAACAGCACAAAGUACAAAAAUCUCUACCAAGAGAGAAAAAAGAAAAUAAUAAAAAGAAAAAAGAGAAGAAAUCUUCAAUUUGCUGCACAUUAUAA